UAAUCCUCUAUGGACGAUGAGAAGCAGCACUCCGCUCUCCAUCAUCAUCUGCAGAAAAAUGCGAGCGGGGAGCGGUAAGAAAAUGUCAGCUCGCGCUGCCCUCCCUCCGCCGCAGACAUGAGCGCAGUCCCGACCGCCUCUUCCAGCUGCAACAAGUUGCUCUCACCAUGCGGAUCCACUGCAAAGUAGUUGUGAUCGCCGUGUGUUUUGGAGUUUUCUUACUUUUGUACUUUUUGGGGGGCAACGCCGUGGAUGAUCCGCUGUUGAAAGAAGUUGGAGAGGAGCAGGAGGAGCAGGAGGAGGACAGCAGCUCUUCCCAGUCGCCCUCCCAGCUCGAGCACGAUGUUGUUGCAAAGUUUCCGAGGAAAUCGCCCGCAGGAGUCGGCGUGCGUCCGGAAGAGCCUCUUAAGGGACGAAAACAGGGGAGACCGAUUAGUAGAGGGGCCAGCGUGAAUGCAAAGAGUAAACCACGGAGUAAUGUAGCCCGACCUGUAACCAGGCGCACCAAGGCGGAGGACGUCAUGCAUUUGGCCGUGGUGGCUUGUGGGAACCGUCUGGACGAGACCCUCACCAUGGUAAAAUCGGCCCUCCUGUUCAGCUUAAAGAAGAUCAAGUUUCACAUUUUUGCCGAGGACCCCUUGGCCCUGCAGUUUAAAGAAAGGCUGAACCAGUGGCCUCGCUCUGUCGCAGCCAAGUUCCAGUACAGAAUCUACCCCAUCUCCUUCUCGGUGGGAAACGCUGACGAGUGGAAGAAGCUCUUCAAGCCCUGCGCUGCUCAGAGACUCUUCCUCCCUGUCAUCUUGAAGGACGUGGACUCUUUACUCUACGUGGACACUGACGUGCUGUUUCUGCGCCCUAUGGAUGAUAUCUGGAAUCUACUGAAGUCCUUCAACAGGACGCAGCUGGCAGCAAUGGCCCCAGAGCACGAGGUGCCCAAGAUUGGCUGGUACAGCCGGUUUGCCCGCCACCCUUUCUACGGAAUCACGGGCGUCAACUCUGGUGUCAUGCUGAUGAAUCUCACACGGAUCCGCAGCACGCUGUUCAAAAACAGUAUGAUCCCUACUGGCCUGUCUUGGGAGGAUCUUCUUCAUCCACUCUACCAGAAAUACAAGAACCAUAUCACCUGGGGAGAUCAGGACCUCCUCAAUAUCAUCUUCCACUACAACCCAGAGCGUCUCUUCAUCUUUCCAUGCCAGUGGAACUACAGACCUGACCACUGUAUGUACGGUAGUAACUGCAAAGGGGCUGAAGAGGAGGGCGUGUCCAUCCUCCAUGGCAACCGUGGCGUGUAUCAUGAUGACAAGCAACCAGCGUUUAAAGUAGUCUAUGAUGCAAUACAUAAUUUUCCCUUCGAGGACAACAUGUUCCAGUCGCUCUUCUACCCCAUCCAGACCAAGUUCCUGGACACGGUCAACACGCUCUGUGGUCGGAUUCCCCAAGUCUUCCUUAAGCAGAUCGAAAAGACAAUGAGGAAGGUGUUUGAGGACAAAGUGGUCCGCCACGUCAGGCCACAUAAUUAACUGAUGGAGAAAGUGGGUCUCCCUGUGGAUUCUGUGUCAUCUCAGAUCAAACUGGUGGCUCUGCAUUUGCAGUGUUCAGCGCAUGACACUUUCUGGAAUAAGGGUCUCAUGAACAUUAUGAGCCUCUGGUGAUGAAUAAUCACCCUAUGCAUACAGUGCUGGUCAGUGAUGUCGCUGAAUAGGUUUGCCUUAUAACCGUCUUUAUUUUGACAUCACAAAUGAUGUAACGUAUAAGAAUGUUGGAAAACUAGAGUGGUUGGGGGGCUUUUUAUUCUUUAUCAAGAAUUAUGAAAGUAUCAGCUCAUCUCAAGUGUGUAAGAAAAAUUUAAGGCGUGUUUUUGUCAAGAUUUGUACAAAGGUAUCUGUCUUUUUUUACUUUUCCUCACAAGCAUUUGAAGUACUCCUCCUAACCAUUAGGGAGAUGUGUAUGUGCUACACAGAGUCAACUUUGGACAGCUUUACUACCUUGAAGUAGUAGAUUUAUAAACCACUCCUCUAAAAUUGUGAAUGUUUUAUCAGCAAAUAACUUGAAGUGUGAAUCUGUGUAAAUGAGUUUGUGGUCUGUUUUGCAGUUGCCAAAUGCCGCUGACAGUAUUACACACAGCACAGCAGAAGAAAUGUAGACUUUUGUAUUGAAUACUGAAUGUCACAAUGCACUUUGACAUUAGGACUGGAAGGUUGUUGUUGUUGCACAUAUGUCUCCAUUAGAUACAACACGACUCGACUGAAAUCAAAACCAAAAGUGCUAGAUUUUGAAAAAAAAGGAAGAAAAAAAAGGUGUCAAACCACAGCAGAUUAUGUACCGUAUAAAUAUUCAUGUCUGACUUUUUUUUUUUUUUCCUGGCAGAAGAAAAUAAGUGCUGUAGAUUUGUGUGUUUGAGAGAGUCUCCGAGCCUGUAAUACAAUGUGUGGUGUACAUACCAUGUGAUCAAUGGUGAACGCAUGGACUGUGUAUUUUAAAGUUGCUUUUAAAGGGGUAUAAAGAGCCAAAUGUAUCAAAUCAUUCAACCUGGAAACUGAAAAUAGCUGUACACUCAGCAUGUGUUUCUUAAUAAAAAAAAAUGCAAUGUCC